AUGGUCACGUGUUUAGCGGCGGAGGUGAAGGCUUCGAUGGAUUUCUUGUUUACAUAUUUUCAAAAGAAUCUGUGGUGCUAUUUUUGUGCAAUAAAUCACUUGGAAACACUAUAAAAAGAUUUUUCAAAUGAAGAAGGGUAUAGAUAUUAUAUGGGUUUUAAAGUAAGUUUAAUUUGGGGUGCAGUAUUAAUGUUUUGAGCUGGACAAUAUAGCGUCCUAUUUGGGACGUCCCAUAGAAAUUUGUGUAUAUUCCAUCAUAUUACUAUGGUGUUUUAUAGUAUUUUUUCUGGUGUGGUUUUCCUGAAAACUUGCUAAUUGUAUUCCUCUGUGUUUAAGAUUCGAAACAUAACUAAAACUACGGGAUUUUUGGCGUGUUAGGCUAUGGAAAAAUAUGAAAAGCUUGGCAAGAUAGGCGAAGGCUCCUAUGGUGUUGUUUUCAAAUGUCGUCACCGAGAAUACGGGCAUAUCGUAGCGAUAAAAAAAUUUGUCGAGUCCGAAGAUGAUCCAUUAAUAAAAAAGAUUGCAAUGAGAGAAGUUAGAAUGCUCAAGGUAAUUUUAUAAUAAAUAUAGGUGUGGAAAUGUAGUAUCGGUAGUUUUAUUUUGAAAUAUAUACAAAAUAUUUGUAUCAUAAUGAAAGGAUUACGCGGUUGCAUGUUUCAUGGCACAUUUCAGCUAAAUGGUGAAGAAAUGGUCGGGAUUACAGCACAAUCUCCUGAAUGAUCGUGGGAGAAAACGAAAUCUUAGCAGGAAUCUAUGAAAACAAUCUGAAUCACUUCUCAAUGAAAACAAAGUGUUUUUAAUAAAAAUAUUAAUAAAAUUAAACUGCCAAAGUCUGCCAGGCUAGUUAAUAUUUAACACGAAGUAAUAAGCUGCCGUGGUUUGUGUCUGAACUACCUGAAAAAGAUAUAUCAAAUGUUGAGUUCAGUACUAGGUAGUAUUGUACAAUAAGCUGCCAUGGUUUGUGUCUGAGCUACCUGAAAAAAAAUCUCAAAUGUGGUGUUCCAGUGUAGGUAGUAUUCUACAAUCCAGACUGGAAAGUUUGGAAUUUGUGCGCCGGAGAUUUCGAAAAUUUAAUAGUAAAUAUAUAGAAAGCAUCAAAAUUUCACGCUGGAGAUAUCCGCCGUGCAAUACAAACUUUCCACACUGGUCUACAAUAAGCUGCCGUGGUUUGUGUCUGAGCUACCUGAAAAAGAUAUAUAUCUCAAAUGUGGUGGUCCAGUGUAGGUAGUAUUCAACAAUAAGCUGUCAUGCAUCACACAUUCUUAUUUAACUCAUGGGAGUUGAGCAGUACUCGUUAUAUGGAAAGUGUUGCUUAUUGUAUACUACAAUGCACAAUUUUUUAUAGCAACUAAAACAUCCAAAUCUUGUGAAUUUGUUGGAAGUAUUUCGGCGGAAAAGAAAACUUCAUAUGGUGUUUGAGUUUUGUGAUCGCACAGUGUUAAACGAACUGGAUGCCAACCCUAAAGGGUGAGUCUCUCAUAUAAUUGUGAAUGGUGUAUCUCAGUGUAGGUAUAGUGGCAAUAAUAAGACAGCUGUUGACAACCUCGUUUCCAGGCUCUUCCCUCUUGUUGAGGAAAGAAUACGGGCAACAUAUUUUCCUCAACAAGAGGGAAGAGCCUGGGAACGAGGUUGAGCUGUUGAUUGAUAGGGAUACAACUCCCUGAGAAAUACAAGGAGAACUUCAAUGUUUCGAGCAAAGGUCCCUCCUGACAAAGACAGGGGUGGAUUUAUAGGGGGGGGGGGGGUGCACACCUCUGUUGGCCUUGGUCAACAGGGGUGCAAAGGGGGUGCAAAUAAAUUCACAAAUAUGGCACAAUUUCCAAGGUUUUUCCAGCUUUCUUGAAGUCAAACUGAAGCUCAUAGUUCAAUGCCCAUAUUGCAGGAAAUGGCAUUUCUAGAGUUCUAAUUUUCAAAAUUUUCCGGGGGACAUACCCCCUGGACCCCCUGGGGAGCUUGCAUCUUCGGCGCUCAAGUCGUUAGGAAGCCAAUUCAUUUGCAUGCUCUCCCACCACCCCCUAAAUAAUUAUAAAGAAACACUCAGCUGCUCACCCAGCACCCCCUAGAAAAACCUUGUUGGAUCCACCCCUGGACAAAGAAGCUUCCUGACAAAGGGCCUUUGCUUAGAAUGUUGAAGUUCUCCUUGUAUUUUUCAGGUAGUUGUAUCCCUAUCAACCCGAAGCUUUCUGAGUCUCUCAUAGUUGAAAGGUCAUAGCCGAAAACUGGGUACUCAUUCAAUUUACACUUGCUGUGAAAUUCCAGUGUAAAAUGUUCUCAAUUUUUCUAGGGUGGAUGAAGUGCCAAUCAAGAAAAUAAUUUGGCAAACACUCCAUGCUGUUCACUAUUGUCAUCAACAUAGCGUAUGCAUCAGAAAUUGUCUAUUGUCAAUGUCGUUAUCAUUGUGAUUCAAUUUUUACAAUUUUUAUCCUGAUAUUUUAGUGUAUUCAUCGCGAUGUGAAACCAGAAAAUAUUCUUAUCACAAAAGCUGGAAUUAUAAAACUUUGUGAUUUUGGUUUUGCAAGAAUACUUAGUAAGUAUAACAGUUCAACGAUGG